AGAUUUUAAUGAUGUUUGGUUAAAUUUCAGUUGUGUAGAUUGUCAUCAGAACACCUAUUACGUCAGUGUAAAUAUCUACUGAGAAAGUACAAGUUUCAGGAGCUGGCGGAACACAAUCCCCACACUGCCAUGUUGUACCUACAGAAUGAUCUAGCCAGUAUUGUCGAUCACAAAAAUAAAAAAGAACGGGAAGAGUUUGAGUCCCUGGCUACAACUUUGUUCCAGAGCCCUGAGGAUGAAAUAGAAGGAAAUGAAGAGGCAAUUUUGGUAGAUACUAGUGAACAUCACAUGGCUAGGACGGAACUAUUCGACCAGUUAGUGGCCUUUUUCCCUGAGCACAUGUCUCAGCCUAAAGGAAAUCUUGUGGACCUUAUUCCUCUGACCUGAUAUUCUGCUGUGUGGUUUAUAUAUAAAUGGCAUCCCCAGUCCCUAAAAUAAAAAUGUUGGAAUGAAAUUAACUGUUUGCUACAUUUUAGCUUACCUGUGCCAAAAAUUUACUAUUAUACAGCUACUGUACUUAUGAAAGAGUGGCGAGGUACAUGUGUAUACUUUGCUAAAAAGUAACAAGCAUACAGUGUACUCUAGAAUGUUAAUUUAAAAAAUAAUGAUAAGCUUUUACUAUUCUAAUCGUUCUGUUUUUUAUACAUGUAUAUGGGUGUAUGACCAUUAUAAUGUCUUCAUACAUGUUAAGAAUUUUUAUUGUUAGUAAAAUCAUUUGUUGAUUUAAUGAUAUAACUACAAGAAAGUGAUGUAUUAUUAAAGUAUUACCAACCAGUCAUUAUAGGAAGUAUAGAAUAAUUACUGUUGCAUAAUCUAGUACAUGUAUUUUAAUUCUUCCAAUUUAAUUUAUUGACUGAUGUGUUUAUUGACUAAAUACAAAUAUAGUACACUAUUGUACUUGUAAAUAUAUGUUGUAUAAAUCUGUACAGAAUUCAUGGAUGUAUAUCAAUAAAAUUUAUCAAAGUACUGCAACAGUACUUUUCAAUCUAAAAUGUAUUACCUUUUUUCUUAAAAUUGGGACGUUGAAACCUUGUACAAUCUAUCUAUUAUAUCGAGAGUGGCUCAGAUAUAAUAUUCUACGAAACAAUUGAAUAAUAAAAUACGUCUCCUGUUAUGUAAAUUAUCCCACGUUUCCAACUAUCGUUGAUGCCCUGGAAUACCGAACAAACUAGACAGUGAUUGUGAAAUACCCUCUUCCACUGGCUUAUUUCAUUUUAUACAUCCCUUUACAAAGAUAUUGAUUUAACAGAGACUUUG